AUGGCUAAGAUUCGAGAAAGACUUGGUUGGGUCAAGGCAAAGCUAGGGUUGAAGUACUGUAGCAGAGACUCAGACGCCAUGAUCAUCGAGAAAAAGGAGGAAGAAAAGCUUGUCCCCAGUGGGUUCUUACUAUCAGUGGAUGUGGAUGAAGAGCGUAGACGAUACAUGGUUCCCAUCACAUAUUUGUCUUCCACGAUGUUUCAAGCGUUGCUUAAUCAGUUUGAGGAGGAGAUUUUGGCUCAGAGAAAAGGGCCGAUCACGUUGUCUUGCUCCACACAGAUGUUUGAGUGGGUGCGGGAUCUUGUUGCUGCCGAGAAGCGCGACUGCUCGACGACUCAUGCAUGA